AUGAUCAUCGUGCUUAAGCUGUUCAAACUGAUACUCCUGCUUUUCCUGCCGCUCAUCCUGGGUCUGGCGUCGUUCAAGAAGGUACUUGGCUUCCUUUCACUGGUCUUUCUAGGUCUCAUCGGGCUCUUCAAACUGUGCAAGCCUGACCUCCAGCACAACUACGGCACGUUCGGGCACAGCAGCUACUAUCACAGGCCGUCCAACGGCGGUGGACCUCUACCCCAGUCCGGACCCGUGUACUCGCCGUACCGCGACCACCAGGAAGCGCAGUACCACCGUGAACACUUGGAACAACCACAGUAUCACCGUGAACAUCCGGUAGAUCCGCAACAGUAUCUGUACGAGUCAGCCGACGCGCAGCCGUACAACAGCCGGCCAGCUCGGAACCAGCAGGACGCCAAAGUACCGUCUUCCGGUUCAGUCGCGUUCAAGGAAGAGGCCAACGACAUGGCGUACAACGGUUAG